AUGUGUAUCUCUUCCGCUUCCGCACCGCAUAUGAACAUGGUAAAAUAUUUUAUUUGGACUUAUAUUUAUCAUUCGGGUAAGGCAAAAUUAGAACGGGUAUUAGGUUGCACAGCUAUUUCACGCUCGUCAGUAUCUGUGGACGACAACAAAGGCAUUGUAGCCUAUCCGGCUGGGGCUACCGUCAUUCUUUAUAAUCCAAGAAAUAACGCCCAAGCCCAUUUAAUUGGCACAACGAAAAACAACAUAACAUGCUUAUCAUUCUCUCUCUGCGGACGAUACAUUGCUACCGGAGAGACUGGACAUGAGCCUCGACUUCGAGUUUGGGAACUUUACGAUGCAAAAGGACAGUUUGCUUUCACACAGAUUGUUGAUAUAAAGCAUCAUCAAUUAGGGAUCAGCUGUGUGCGCUUUACGCCUAAUGGAUACUUGGUGUCAGUAGGAAAUCAACAUGAUCGCUCUAUUGUGGUUUGGGAUUGGCGAGCACAACAAAAAAUUGCUGAAAAUCGUCUAACUUCGAAGGCGAAACAAGGUGGGUGUGUAACAGUAGGAAUUAGACACGUUAAAUUUUGGCAUGUUGUAAGAAAUCCAGAGAGUUCGAAGAGUGUACCCUUGCAGGGUCGUUCAGCAAUUUUGGCUGAUCAGCGAAAUAAUACCUUUUUGGAUGUUUGUUGCGCUCCCGGUAAUCGAACAUUUUCAGUUACGGAAACGAGUCUUUUGAUUGAAUUCCAUGAUAAAAAGUUAGUGAAUACCUAUGAUCUACACACUGAAAUUCCACGGUCAAUAGUGCUUGGAAUUGAUGAAUUGUUUAUUGGAUUCAACAAUGGUUUUAUAAGAUGUUUGGAUAUCGUGACAAUGAAACAUAAAUUUACAUUUUGUAAACCACACUAUUUAUCGUGUGAUGUUGCGGAAGGUGUAAAACAAGAUGCACUAUCACCUGAUUCACAUCCGGCAGGGUGUAGAUAUCCAGAUGUACGAACACUAACAUAUAACAGAAGGACUGGAAUGCUUACUGUGAUUUAUAGCGAUAGAUCCAUUUAUACAUGGCAACAAACGGAUCAGAGUAUUCUCAAAAUUUCCUCACAACUUUUCCAUGUUGGACCAGUUUAUCCUCCAAAUUUUGACUGGUUACCACAAGGUUCAAUCAUAACGGGUGGUACGGAUCAAACUAUUCGCAUAUGGAAUGUGGAUCAUCUGUUAAGAUCAUUUGAUGAGAAUAAGCGGACUUCGUUGCCAUAUGCAAAUGUGUUUUCGGAGGACUUGAAAAAAGUUAUUUUUGUCACCAGUAAUGAUUCUCAACUUAGCGAAUCACCAGAUGGCAUUAUCCUUUCAGAAGUUUUUGGAACAUCUAUAUCUGAUACAGGCAGUGGCGUGAAAUGUUUGAAAGUAAGUCCCGAUGGAAAACAUCUGGCUGCUGGCAGUCGAGAUGGAAAUUUGUCUAUUUAUGAUUUAACCACGCCAACUAUGGAAAUGAUUGCAUUUUUUGAAGCACAUGAAAGUGAUAUUAUGUGCAUGGAGUAUUCUGAUCCGCAAAGUCCCCGUUAUCUACUAGCUACUGGAAGUCGAGAUCGCAUGGUGCACUUAUUCGACCCACUUAAUGGCUAUCGACCAUUAGCAAGUAUUGAUGAUCAUACAAGCACUGUAAAUUCUAUACUUUUCGCAGAGGAAGCAGGUAAUUUACAGCUGAUAAGUUCUGCUGCUGAUCGUUCAAUUGUAAUUAGGAAGAUGGUCGACUCAAAAUUUGGCUUGAACUAUGUCGUGCUGAGUGCAGACGGAAUGGUUGCCGCCUGCCAGGAUCGUCAGCUUCGGACAUAUUCAUCUCAGGGAAAGCUUGUCAAACAAAUUAAAGGCGCUGCAAGUGAUGAUGGACAGCUCACGAGGGUACGAUUGGAUCCAUCGGGAAUUUAUGCCGCAACAGUAUGUACAAAUCGAAAUGUAUAUAUAAUUGAUAUCGCCACUGGAGAAUUUGUUUCCGUAUUGACUGGUCAGUCGGAUAACAUCACAGAUAUUGCUUUUUCCGCUGAUUGCAGACGUCUAUAUGUUGUGUCCUAUAGUGGUUGCAUUUUUGUAUGGCGAUUGUCCAAUUUUCUUGUCAACAAAAUGAUGGCUGUUUCACGAAAAUCUCAAAUCACUAGGAAUAUUGGCAUCGUAGGAAUAGAAAAACUUUGUGAACGGUCCGAAACACCUGACAGUUUAUUGGGAAGUGGCAGUGAUGCAGCUGGUGAUGAGCACAUAGAAUAUAUACGAAAUCUGAAGGUAAAAGACUCAGAAUCCGAAUUUGGUUCACUAAACAGCAUUAAAAUUGGUGAUGGAGAUUCGGACAGUUGCAUGGGGCGAAAGUCAAUAACAAUGAUUAUCAAUACUCCAUUGAAUAGUGUGAUUACAGAGUACGCUUUUUCCGUUUCAUGUAUUUCAUGA